ACUACUUUGUUUCGGCCACGAGAGUGUCAGUUUGAAAUGGGAAAGUGCUGUAAGUAAGGAAAACGUUUGUCCAGUGAAAUAUACGUGAGCAUAAGAUAACGGAAAGCGAAAGACUGACAUAAUGCAGGCAUUCUGCAGUUCUGAAGCGUGUUAGACAUGCAGAUAAUGAAAACUUCGAGACGGACGAAAGAAUUAAGAGAUUAAUUUUCUAUAUCUGCAAGAAGUGGAGUGAAUUGUGUUUGUGAAGUGAAUUGUAUUGCCGACUCCGUUGUGUGUUUAUACUGUAAUUCUCACGUAUCGUGAAUGCAAAAUGGCAGGAGAAAUUGAUACGAAGUUGUACGUAGUGGAAUAUUUAGGAAGCACUCAAAUAGACAAACGAUUUUCAAGACCUAUGGUGCGAUGGGUUAUUGCAGAAAUCAAGAAACGCGGUUUCUCCGAAAAGGUGUGCGUGGGCGUGCAGGACGGGCUGCUGGUGGCGUACUGCCUGUCGGGCCCCGUGCCCGAGGCGCCGAUGCUGGCGCAGCCGCCCGCGGCCGCCGGCUCCUGCUCCCACGCCUACGGCCCGCGGCUGUGCCUGGCGCCCGGCGACUACGGCUCCUUCCUGUACGUCGUCCGAGACCCCGCCUCGCCGCACCUGCUCACUUGCCACCUCUACCGAGCCGCCGACCCCAGCGACGUGGUGGAGCUCUUCAAUGCCAUGAGGGAGCAGAGCAAGGACCCAGCGGUGCUCGCUGGUGCCAAGGAGCGCUCCCUCAGCAGUGCGGCCGCCCUUGGCCCAGACAUCUCUCCCAGUACGUCACAUUACUUUGAGGUCUUCUAUAUCGGAAAAAUCAAAGUGACACACAAGAGGGUUCCUGAUACAUUUAUUGAUGAUGCACUUCAGAAGUUCAGAGCACAUGAAGCCGAAAAAGAAAGACUAAAAGCACAGAAAACUUCUGGGAACAAUAUUAACAAUUCAUGUGGCAGCAACAGUAACAAUAAGACUGAGAGUAGCAGUACUCUAAACAAUGCCAAUGCAAAUAAUAAUAUGUGCAGUAAUAGUAUUGCAGACAGCACCACAAUAAGUAACAAUGGCAAUUGUGUUGCUACCUGUGAUGGAAGUGCAAUUACUGUAGCAAACAGUAAUUCAAAUCCGUCUGUGAAAACAUGUAAAAACAACAAUGUGAUUGAACAGAAUGAAUGUAAUCCAGAGGCUAUCAAAAGAAAUGCGCAGGAAGAAGCCAAUUUCCAGGAUAAAUCUAGCUCAGCGGAGUCUCUCAUAACACGUAGCAUGUCUGAUGUCAAUGCUGCAUCAGAAAUCACAUCAAAAAGAUGCGAUGAAGCUGUUCGUUCAGAGUCUGGAUGUGUGACACCAUCUUUAGAAAAUCCUGUUGCUCCAGUAAAGCAGUUACCUCCACUGGAACCUAUGCGUGCCAGAGCUGCCUCUGCUGGAAGUGCUCGUGAUUUUCGGAAGGGUGAUAGUGCGGUGUCAUCAGAUAAUCGCACAAUGUUGUUCCUGGUUGGUCGUGUUGAUCUGAGACUUAUCAGUCCUGAUCGCAAGCAGACCUUGCUGCACAAGCAUUUAAAGGAUGUUGCUAGUUGUAUACAGGGUAUUUCAAAUCCAGAGCAUUUUGGAUUCAUUUGUCGUGAGGCAAAUGUAGAAGGCUUUAUAGCAUAUGUUUUCAAGUGUGAAUCAGCUUCUGUUGCUGAUGAUGUUGUUGGUGCUAUAACGCAAGCUUUUGUUGCGACAUCCGAAGCUCAGAGGCGAGAAAGGAUGCCUGUGUUCUCAUGUGAUCACUGUCCUAUGGUCUGGUAUAGUAGGCUGUGUGCUGAAAUAGAAGGUCAGAAUGAGAAACGGACGCAGACAACUAUUCUUCGAAGGUUAGAAGGCUUGCCUGAAGCUGAACAGGAAAGUAUCCUUACAAAAUUUGGUGGUGCUGAAACACAAGGCUUACAAGAACAGAAUGAGUUCCUGAUGAUGUUGCUCCGUGCCCACUGUGAGAGCAAGCAGGCCAGACAUGUUCACGAUACAGCUGAAAACAGACAUGAAUUUUUGAAUCAGUACUUAGGUGGCAGCACUAUCUUUAUGAAAGCAAAAAGGUCGCUAACAAAUUCAUUUGACCAGCUACUGAAAAGGAAAGGAUCCCGUGAUGACUUGGGACCCAUGUUGAAGGAAAUGAGUCUUCCAAGCAAUGCCACAUUGUGGAAGGAAAGUAUAUCAAACACAAGUUCCAGGGCUUCUCCAACCAGUGAACAAGCAGAACCAGUUCCGGACUCUCCUAAUGCAACCUCUCAGAGAAUACGUCAUGCAGCAUCCGGUUCCAACUCUGAUCUACAUUGUGCUGGUAUACACCAGAAGGACAGCCCAAUGAAAAACAUAUUUUUGAAAGUGGGAAGUUCACCCAUUUCUCCGGGCAAAGACACUACAGGGAACUCCCGGCAGUCAGGCUCAUGGCGCCAGUCAAUAUUCGACAGUGUCACACCGAAGAAAGUCAGACCUGAUGGAAGCCCAGUUGUACUCGAUGGGCCGCAGAAACUGACAAAACGUGACCGUGCUGAACUGAGGGCACUUUGGCGUAAAGCUAUAAAUCAGCAGCUGCUGCUCAUCCGCAUGGAGAGAGAGAACGCUCGUCUCAGGGCUCGUCAGGAAGAGGCAACUGUAAAACGCUUGAAACUGGAGUAUGAUGAGAUUGGUUCUUGUGUUCGUGAGCUUGUAGAAGUGUGGGACUUACUUCUGAGCCGGGAAUCAGCAGUUUCAACCCGUUGUGACAGACAGAUGUUACUUCAAGCGAUUAAACAGGGUGUACCAAGGACUAAGAGAGGGGAAGUGUGGCAAUUCCUUGCUGAUCAGUAUUGCUUGAACCAUGCUCCUCCUGACACAUCGAAAUUCCCAAACUACAAUGUACCAUAUGAAGGCUUGCUCAAGCAGCUUACUGCUCACCAGCAUGUAAUUCUCAUUGACCUAGGACGAACGUUUCCUAGUCAUCCAUUCUUCUCACGGCCUCUAGGACCUGGACAGUUGUCACUCUUUAACCUAUUGAAGGCCUAUUCUCUCCUUGAUCCAGAAGUUGGCUACUGUCAAGGCCUUAGCUUCGUAGCUGGUGUUCUCCUAUUGCAUAUGUCAGAAGAGUGUGCUUUCUUGAUGUUGCGACACUUGAUGCUCCAGCGUGGCAUGCGUCGCCAGUAUGUUCCCGACAUGGGUGCUCUGCAAGUGCAACUCUAUCAGAUAUCACGCCUUCUGCGUGACACAUUACCUGAUCUGUAUGCACAUUUUGACACACACGAUAUAGCACCAACACUCUAUGCAGCGCCGUGGGUCCUAACGUUGUUUGCUUCGCAGUUUCCUCUGGGCUUUGUGGUCAGAAUCUUUGAUUUGCUGUUCUUCGAAAGCACAGAUGUUGUGGUUCGAGUUGCUGUUGCUCUCUUAAAUGAACACAGGGAAGGCCUAUUAGCUUGUGACAAUUUUGAAGAAAUAAUGGACUACCUAAAAGGAAAGGUGCCUUCCAUUGACAAAGCUACACUUGAUCGCAUCAUGAAGCAGGUUUUCACAAGUGAUGUUUCAAAACAACUUCAUGAUUAUGAGGUAGAGUACCAUGUACUGAAGGAGGAGAUGGCAUCACCUCGUGUAGACAUGGAAACUGUACAUAGACUUGAGGCGGAAAAUAGGAAUUUAAUAGAACAACUGGAGAUUGCUACAAGUGCUACCCACAGGCAGCAACAAACCAUCAACAAGCUGGAAGCGCAAGUUCGAAGCUUGGAAGUGAGCAUUACAACUAUGGGAAAUUUCAUCUCAGAACUGGUAGACACAAGAAAGGAUAUAGAAAUUCCAGGAGAGGUACGGCGCUUAAUUCAGCAAGUCGCAGUUGUAGAGAGACGCAAGUCUACAACACAAAAACCAAAGAUUGAAGCACUUAAAACUCCAGCACCAAGUGUCAUUGAGACACCAGCCACAGAAGUUCAGAGGUCGAGUUCUGCUGCCGACGAGCUGAGUUCACAGCAUCGUGGACAUGCUCCCUAUCCCCUGAAGUCUGCACUUAGUUCCCCAAAUCUUUCUGCCCGUCUCAGUGGAGUGUCAUCACUUUUCAGCAAUACUCACAAUAAUAAUAAACAGCAGAAACCGAAUGCUGUUGCUACCUCCAGUGGCUCUACAAAGGCUUAUUCUCAAACAUCAGACAUCCGUCACAUGGGGCAGAAGAUGGCUCAGCCAAAUGGUAUCGUAAAGACAGAGAGACAACAAAAUGCUCCAGAGACAAUUAAAACAUUAUCUGACACAUCUACAUUGAAAUCUGAAUCCCCUCUGGCAUCCAAACCAAAGCCCCUUCGGCCGUCUCAGAGUUCCUAUGAGUUGACAACUCCGAUUGUGAAGCUUGUUGAUGACAGUGGUGACAGUGGAAAUGUGACUCCAACAUCUCCCUCCACACAAGUUCAUCCGCUUGACAGCUGCCUGGGUGUAAACUUUUCCUUUAGUGGGACAACCAAACUGAAAACAAUAAGACCACUCCGUGCAAAUCUACAGCGGAAUCCAAGUUCAGAGAGCCUAAAAAUUAAUCCUGGAACAGAUGGACUGAACAUAGUCAAUUUGAGACCGAAGGAACAACAGCCCCUUGUCGUUGGUGUCAAUCCACAGAGUAAUGGUGUUCUCACGAGUUUUAGCUCCAGCUGAAAUGUUAGUAUCAAAUCCCUGAAUCUCAGAGUACCUAAUCUGAUGAGAUAUGUGGUAUUUGCAGUCUGCCCAACAAAAUCGGGGCAUUUCAUAUUGGUAGUGUUUGCAUAAUGUAUGUUUCCUAUUUACUGAUUUAUUUCAGUAUAAAAUCAACAGUAAGUGUAUUUCAAACUGAAAAUGGAAUUGAGUGUCUGCUGAAGCAGAUAGUUGGUUUAUUCAGUGACUCACUAAUGCGUUUUUUAUUAUUUGUUCUAUUUCUUGUUUCUGGUGGAAAUAGAUUAUGUCUGUAAUGUAAAUUAUGUGUCAAAACAGCAACUUGCUAGGAGUAUUAAUCCAUGUCCAUUCACUCAAGCUUUAACCUUGAAGUUCACCUGCAGUGUUCCUCCUCUUCCAUAUCCUAAUGUUACAGAAAUCCAUCGAUCUUCCAAACUGAAUGUAUUUACCUAAUUGUCUUCCUCAUCAAAAUGUAGCCACAUUCCAGAAACAUUGAUGAAAAUGAAUGAAUAUGUGAGUUCUAAGCAUCUAAGAGGACAGGCCGCACAAAUUAUCAUAAAAUAAAUCAUUGUUUUGCAUGUAUAUAUUCCCCAUUAUAAUUUUGAGAAUUUGGGAUUUGAAAUUCUGUUCAGCUCUAGUUUUCAUACAAUUGUAUUGGCAGUUUUACUUUCCUAACAUUUCCUUCCCACCAAGCAUAUCAAUUUCUGCCCUGCAAGAUGUGAAAAAUGACCAAGGCUAGUAAAAACGAUGUGAUACAUGUUUUGAAUCUUGCCAGUAUUGAAACAAUGCAUGCCAGUAAUGGAAUUCAGCUACUGAAACACAUGAAUUCUCUAAAGUUUAGUAGUAACAUCCAGUUUAACAUUUUUAUUUCUGACACCACGACUGAGAAGUCCUGUGGCUUUUGUGAAACUGGUUUAUAGGAUUGUAUUAUGAUUUAUUUAGCAUUUUCAGAUUCAGAAUAUUUAUUUUUGUAGCCAAAAUAUUGAUAUUAUAGUGAUAGUGAAAUGUAUGACAGUUUUUUCAGAUGCCAGUAUUUUUCAUGGCUUUAGAAAGGUUAUAAAAUGCAGGUCUAACCUGAGAUGUAUUUUUUUCCAAUAUUUGUAUUUCAGACUAUAUUUUUCAUUGUAAAAACUCUUCUUUAGCAAAAACAGUUAUCCAGAAGUAACUAAGAUAUAACUUUAAUCUUGUUGUCAUUAUUUUUUGAAAUUUUAAGUGAGAAAAGGAAAGAUCUCUGUUACAAAUUGUUUCUGACACAUAUACAGUAUCAUUAGUAUGUAAAUAUACUAUUGUCAAACCUUGUACUUAACAGUUCUGUUAACUGUAAAGUAUGUACAUAUAUAUAUAUAUAUAUAUAUAUAUAUAUAUAUAUAUAUAUAUAUAUAUAUAUAUAUAUAUAUUUGUGUGUGUGUGUGUGUGUGUGUGUGUGUGUUUUUGAGACAAUGGCUUCAGAUGUACAAGACAGUAAGGAAAGUAUGAAAAUGUGUGCGUGUGUGUGAUGUUGGGAAUACUUGGUGUGAGCAAAUUCAUUUUGCUGUGUGUACUAUGGCACCAAAUAGUCAUUAUGUCUUAGUUGAAACUGUGAUUCAUUACUGUUGUUAGAUUGUAAGAUAUAUUAAUGGCAGUAUUCAGAGAGAGUGAUGACAUGUUGUUGUUUGCGUGUUACCAGUAACUCAGUGUAGUAUGUGAAACACAUAUCUAUACAAUGUAUGAUAUUUACUUAAUAAAAUUUUUAUUUCAGUUUUCAA